AUGCAGGCGCGCAAGCCCUCCCCCACCCCCGGCGGCGCGAGCUCCUCCACCGCGCGCCGCUACUUGCGCCUUGCCGUCGUCUCGGUUGGCCGCGCUCGCCCACAAGUCGUCGCCGCGGGUGCCGAGCUCGCUCCCGCAUGCCGCACGGGCCACAACCUCCGCCGUGGUCUGCGCCGCUGGUGGGGGCGCGCUGGGGUGGGGAGGGGCGCUACCGUUGGGGAGGGUGGAGGGCGCGCCGCCACUGGCACUGGAGGAGCAAUGCUGUGGAUGCCGUUGGGGAUGGGGGCGCCAUGGGGAGGGGACGAAGGUCGCGUGGUCGGGGGUGCCAUGGAGGCCGCCAGCCUUGGGGGAGGGUCGUGGGGGUGGGGUGCGGGGUGGAGGGGGGUCGCCGCCAUGGAGGAUCUGGAGGAGGAUGAACACAGGGCCGACCUCCUUUCCAUGUUCUUUUCUGACGGUGGGUUGGGGAAGUCAAGGGAUUUUGGCGACACGUGGGGGAGGGAUAAGGAUGGGGCACUGCUGGCCUGCUGCGCCUGA